GCGUAAAAACAACAAAGCAGCAUGAAACCGAAACACAAAAGCAAAAAAUCUAAAAAUAAAAAUAAAUCUUCGGAUGAAAAACGAUCCGCUGAGCAAAUUAGUACCUUGUCCAUAGCUGUUCCGGGCUCCAUUUUGGAAAAUGCUCAAAGUCCGGAGCUUCGUUCGUAUCUCGCCGGUCAAAUUGCACGUGCCGCUGCGAUAUUUCAAGUUGACGAAAUCAUCAUUUUCGACGAUGUCGGUGUCAAAGAUGCCUCCAACGAUGCAAAAUCGGUCGAUUUGGAUGACGAGAACAAAACUGUGAGGAAAUGUUGUACGCAAUUUGCGACAAUUUUGAAAUAUUUGGAGUGUCCCCAAUAUUUACGGAAGAAUUUCUUUCCAAUUCACAAAGAUUUGCAAUAUUGUGGGCUUCUGAAUCCUCUGGACAGUCAACAUCAUCUCCGACAAGCAUCUACUUUCCUCUUUCGCGAAGGCGUAACGUCAAAUAAAAAAGUUAAAGAAGGUUCAAACUCGACUUUUGUCAAUGUUGGUCUCUUAAAUGAUGUUCGCGUGGAUCAACGAUUGACAGAAAAUAUUCGAGUGACAGUAAAACUCGAUCCGGGACAAGAUUUGAAGUCAAAAAAGCUCCGAGGAAGCAUUGUAGCUCCGAGUCAACCGCGCAAAGAAACGGGAAUUUAUUGGGGUUACAGUGUUCGAAUUGCGGCGUCGCUCACGGAUGUCUUCACAAAAUGCCCUUAUGACGACGGAUACGAUUUGAGUAUCGGGACUUCGGAUAAAGGCGAUGAACUUUCGAGCAUCGAAGCGAAUUCUUUAAAGUACAAACACUCGCUUAUCGUUUUUGGCGGUUUGCAAGGCUUGGAAGCUGCAUUGGAGUCUGAUGAUAAAUUGGAUGUUGAUGAUCCGUCGUUGUUGUUCGAUCGAUAUUUGAACACGAUUCCGAAACAAGGCUCGCGAACUGUGAGAACGGAAGAAGCGGUUUUGAUAUCUCUCGCAGCGUUGCGUGACAAAUUGCAACCGGAAAAGGCAGCGCCGGAAUUUGAAUUUGUCGAAAGCAUUCCGGUGAGUGAGGAUACGGGAAGUGUGAAAUAUCCCGAUGGAAGGAAUCCGAAAAAGAAGUUUAAGAAAAAUCAUUCAAAUAGUGACGAAUAAAAAAAUUUCUUUUAA